AUGCGGGGCAGAUGUGCCGAUUGGUUAAGCUGGCAAAAGAAUCCUUUGAGUUUUCUCAGUGCUUUGCGUUUAUUCUCCCUCUUGUUCCUCCAAGCGACUUGCAGUUUUUUGUGUUAUAACCGUUUUCUUAAACAGCCACCGCACUUUGCUCUCCAAUUGUGGCCUUUGGACUGCGCCAGCCUCCACUAGCGGCCACAGCAUUUGUUAGAAGGACAUUUAACAUUUCGGAUUGCUCUCUUCCUGGUAGGUUUAAGUUGCCGAAUGGUCCGAAAAGGUCGUCAAGGUAACCCUUUAUCUCUCAGUCUUGCGGGCUACCAUGCGCUUUUGUUCGUUGAGGUAAUUUUCAACGGGGACUGUGUCUUCACGAUUGCGGAUGUCAUAGUCUUUUACCUCAGACUGACUCACUUUUUUGCUUCAUUUUGAUUAUUCUUUUUCUCUUUCUUUGCAGUGCAUCUACAUUGCACCACUGAAAGCCCUCGUUCGUGAACGGGUCGACGACUGGUCUGUUAAAAUUGGAGAGAAGCUUGGAAAAAGGUAAAGCCCAGUCUAACUUUCUGGUGGCAGUGGUGGCGGUGGUGGUGGUGGUAACGAUUAUGAUUGUAUUAGUGGUGUGGUGGGACUGGUAUUCAUUGUGGUGAUGGUGGUGCGUGGUGUUGGUGGUAGGGUGGUUGCCGUCUGUCAGCACCGUCUCUACCAUCCCUGCCGCAACCUCCGCGGCGACGGCGACGACGACCACAGCACCCACUCUUACCACCGACAACCCACCAACUACCCCAAUCUCCUGCCCUGUGGACUCUGUCCUGACCUGUCCGCCCUGCGAUCAUCAUCCCGCAUCAUCCUGUUCGGUCACUUUCAAGUCCGGCGCACCUAUGCCAGCAGCCCCCACCUGCAGUCGGCGCAUCUGCCCUCUCUGUCCACAUCGCUCAAGCACAUUCAUACAGCGCAUGGGCCUAUUCGGCCACACGGGCAUUCACAACAGCGCGGUCCACUGCGGUAUCGACGCAUCUUAUGCCCCCCCCCCCCUGCGCAUCCAUCCCUCCUAUCUUCAGUCCAAUCAAAUUCCCAGCGCGCCCACCACUAGCAGCAUCACAACGACAACCGACCCAACGCCCCGCAACCUAUCCCGUCCACAUUGUCACUGCACGUCCGCCUCACGCAGUGGCCUGGUCAGUCACCUGCGAACCCAACGUACAGUGCUUGGAGCACUGACAAACACCGGACGUCAUCGCUGCAAUUUCCCGGACUGCCCUCGCGUGCUCGGCCAUCGCAUGGGCUCAUUGGACCACAUGCGCCUCCAUCAAACGUGUGGUAGAACACCGCCAGCUAUACCAUACCACCACACCGUUCCGGCCCACCAACACCUACAACAAUCAUGACCACACCCUACACCACACAGCACAAGCACGUAAUUGGAACCUCCCUCAUGUUCUACUGAAAUACCUACUUAAAAUUCCUCAAAAAGCCUCCCUGGUGUGUGCUUGUUUGAGCGCUUAACGCGUUCCAUGCAGGCUUCUGUGCUUGGGUGCUUGCACCGUUGACUUAGGCCUCGUCUGUGCGUGUAAUUUAUCAACUUAAGACUUUGUAUCUAUCCAGCAUUUUCUAAAAAUUGACAGGGUCGUUGAACUGACGGGUGACGUGACUCCCGACAUCGGUAUCCUGCGCAGAGCGGAUGUGAUCGUGACGACGCCGGAGAAGUGGGACGGCAUCUCUCGCAUGUGGCGUCAGCGUGCCUAUGUGCGCGACAUCGCACUCAUCAUCAUUGAUGAGAUACACAUGGUCGGUGAGGAGCGAGGCCCUGUCUUGGAGGUAAGCUGCUAGGGCACCAACAUUACUAAUACUACUACUACUACUACUACUACUACUACUACUACUACUACUACUACUACUACUACUACUACUACUACUACUACUAC